UCUGAAGAGUUGUGGGAGCUCAGCCGCAGAGAAUGGCAUCUCAGACCAUUGACGAUGGUAAAGGUAAAAAUCCUACGCCAAUAAGUUAUACUGUGAUCAUAGUCUUCGUGGUUUUAUUUCCACUUCUGUUCAUUCUUGGAUGUUUUCUGCCCUGGAUUAUAAUGAAAACUCGCAAAUAUAAAAGAGACGUUUCUCUCCUAAGAAAGUAUUUCUCCUUCAAUCCCAAGAGUGUAUUUCUUGCUCUACGCACUGAGGUAUUCGCAAUUACAUCCUUGGUGCUUUGCCUGAACGAAAGUCAAAUGAAUCCUGUUGUUCUUCUGGUUGUGUCUUAUGUUAUAUGCAAUGGAAUUAUCAUAUUUGUUUGGUUUCUGUCCAAAAAGUUGAUAAAAGAAAUGGAACGUCCCCAAGAUGGAACAGAGACUGGGGAAACACCAAAACUGUUUACGCACGAUAUGAUGCAAAAUAAAGAGAAUGGUCAAGUACUCAAGCAUGGAUAUGUUCCGGUAAACUAUGAAGGGCCUAGCAUAACAUUAUAUGAUGCUGAUUCCAGACCAGAAUCAAGUGAAGGAAGCGAGAGAGAAUCACAGCCGAAUGAAAACAUUCCUGCUUCAAUUGAAGAAAGAGAGAGAGAGUCACAGCCGAAUGAAAACAUUCCUGCUUCAAUUGAAGAAAGAGAGAGAGAGUCACAGCCGAAUGAAAACAUUCCUGCUUCAAUUGAAGAAAGAGAGAGAGAGUCACAGCCGAAUGAAAACAUUCCUGCUUCAAUUGAAGAAAGAGAGAGAGAGUCACAGCCGAAUGAAAACAUUCCUGCUUCAAUUGAAGAAAGAGAGAUAGAAUCACAGCCGAAUGAAAACAUUGCUGCUUCAAUUGAAGGACCCUUCCACGGCACAUUUUCCACGAUUAUCACCAUGCAUUAAGGGUUUCCGGAAGACGCUACUGAAAUAUUGUAUCAAAUAUACAUAUAUAUAUAAUAAUAAUAUUAGGGAGUAUAGCUCCAAACUUACAGGGGAAAAUUCAAUUUAGUAUUAAAUCAAAUUUCACAGUAAAAAUAUAUAAAAUAUGAAUUAGAGA